GAGCAGGAGCAGACACCAACACAACUGGCUCCGGAGGAGGAUACACAAGGAGAUCGGCAAGGAGAUCGAGGAGAGGAGGAUGGGAGGUCAGGAGUUUCGCCAGGUGGGGAAGGGAGCAAUUGGGUACCGGAAAUGGAGUUGGACGGGGAAACGGAGUUGGGGUGUCGGUCUGAGGAGGACCAUUUCUUGGAGGAGCUGCAUGACCAAUACACGGCAUUGGGAAGAAUUGAGAUGGACUCACGCAAGUACUUUGAUGAAGAGCUUGAAGCGGCUACCGAACAAGGGUGGGUAGCAAGCGUAGAUCACUUGAUUGAGCUUAAGGAUUGGGUCCAUGAGUUGGAGACUUGGAUCAUUGUUAGGGAUGCUUCCUCCAAAUUGCGUUCUCAAGUGGGAACCUCCGAGGCCACUAUCUUGAAGGCUAGACUUCGGAAGUUUGGAGUUGACCCCCAAGAACCUGAAGUUGUCGGCUAUGAGUAUGAUGAAUGGGUUCCACUAUCAGGCUUACCUAUUACUGAGCCUGAGGGGGAGUCUGGUGACUCUGAAGCGGUCAAGCCGCCGGGACCCAAGGCCUCUGAGGCUGUUCCCGCGGCACCCCUUCAGACAGUUUCAGUAUCGCAUCGAGAAGUUCUUGAGAAGGUGGAGGAAUGGAGACCAUCCAUAAGUGGUGAGUUGGAGUCGGUGUUUGAACGCCAUGGAGCACUGCAUCGGACCUCUAAGGAAGAGGUUGAGCAGUGGAUCAGGCAAGGCAAGACGGCGGAGUUUCUGCCACAAGACCAGAAUAGUGGCGUGCGGGAACUUCGCUAA